CACAGACUACCGCCUGACGAGGAUUUUGUAUUUUAUAUUUUGUAUUUUUUUAACACAAAAAACAAUCUGGAAGUGGAUUAUCCCUCCGUCAAGAUGUCUCGGGGCUCUAUCGAGAUCCCUUUACGGGACACUGACGAGGUUAUCGAGCUUGACUUUGACCAGUUGCCAGAGGGGGACGAGGUCAUCAGUAUCCUGAAGCAGGAACACACACAGCUGCAUAUAUGGAUCGCUUUGGCGUUGGAGUACUACAAGCAGGGCAAAACGGAGGAUUUUGUCAAGCUUUUAGAGGCGGCUCGUAUUGAUGGAAACCUCGACUACAGAGACCAUGAGAAGGACCAGAUGACCUGUCUGGACACAUUGGCCGCUUACUAUGUCCAACAAGCCCGUAAAGAGAAGAACAAAGAUGCCAAGAAAGAGCUCAUCACACAGGCCACGCUGCUCUAUACAAUGGCAGACAAAAUCAUCAUGUAUGAUCAGAACCAUUUGCUGGGACGAGCCUGUUUCUGCCUCCUGGAAGGAGACAAGAUGGACCAGGCAGAUGCUCAGUUCCACUUUGUCCUCAACCAGUCCACCAAUAACAUCCCUGCCCUGCUUGGUAAGGCUUGCAUCUCCUUCAAUAAAAAGGACUACAGAGGAGCUCUGGCAUACUACAAAAAGGCUCUACGUACAAACCCUGGCUGUCCAGCUGAGGUAAGGCUGGGCAUGGGCCACUGUUUCGUCAAGCUCAACAAACUGGAGAAGGCUCGUUUGGCUUUUGGCCGAGCCCUUGAGCUGAAUUCGAAGUGUGUGGGAGCUCUUGUCGGGUUGGCAGUUUUAGAGCUCAACAACAAGGAGGCAGAUUCCAUCAAGAACGGAGUCCAGCUCUUGUCACGGGCGUACACCAUCGACCCCAGCAACCCCAUGGUGCUCAACCACCUCGCCAACCACUUCUUCUUCAAAAAGGACUACAGUAAAGUGCAGCACCUGGCCCUCCAUGCUUUCCAUAACACAGAAGUCGAGGCCAUGCAGGCUGAGAGCUGCUACCAGUUAGCUCGCUCCUUUCACGUGCAGGAGGACUAUGACCAGGCAUUUCAGUAUUACUAUCAGGCCACUCAGUUUGCCUCGUCCACCUUUGUCUUGCCCUUCUUUGGUCUGGGACAGAUGUAUGUGUAUCGAAGAGACAAGGAGAAUGCAGCACAGUGCUUCGAGAAGGUUUUAAAAGCCUACCCCAACAACUACGAAACUAUGAAAAUUCUCGGGUCUCUCUAUGCAACAUCGGACGAUCAGGAAAAGAGAGAUAUCGCCAAGGGUCAUUUGAAGAAGGUAACCGAGCAGUACCCAGACGAUGUGGAGGCAUGGAUCGAGCUGGCUCAGAUCCUGGAGCAGACUGACAUCCAAGGAGCACUGUCCGCCUACGGCACAGCCACCCGCAUCCUGCAGGAGAAGGUGCAGGCUGAUGUCCCCCCUGAGAUCCUCAACAACCUGGGAGCUCUUCACUUCAGACUGGGCAACCUGGGAGAGGCUAAGAAAUACUUUCUAGCAUCUCUGGAACGAGCCAAAGCUGAGGGAGAGCAUGACGAGCAUUACUAUAAUGCCAUCUCUGUCACUACCUCCUACAAUCUGGCUCGGCUGUACGAGGCUAUGUGUGAAUUCCACGAAGCUGAGAAACUCUACAAAAACAUCCUGAGAGAGCAUCCAAACUAUGUGGACUGUUAUUUGCGUCUCGGAGCAAUGGCGCGUGACAAAGGGAAUUUCUACGAAGCUUCUGAUUGGUUCAAAGAGGCCCUGCAGAUUAACCAGGAUCACCCAGACGCCUGGUCGCUGAUAGGGAACCUUCACUUGGCCAAACAAGAGUGGGGGCCAGGUCAGAAGAAGUUUGAGCGUAUUCUGAAGCAGCCGUCCACACAGAACGACACCUACUCCAUGCUGGCUCUGGGCAACGUGUGGCUUCAGACCCUGCACCAGCCCACCAGAGACCGGGAAAAGGAAAAGAGACACCAGGAUCGAGCCCUGGCCAUAUACAAACAAGUCUUGAGAAAUGACGCCAAGAACCUCUAUGCUGCCAAUGGCAUUGGUGCCGUCCUAGCCCACAAGGGCUACUACAGAGAGGCUCGUGAUGUGUUUGCGCAGGUGCGUGAGGCCACGGCAGACAUUAGCGAUGUCUGGCUAAAUCUGGCUCACAUCUACGUUGAGCAGAAGCAGUACAUCAGUGCUGUGCAGAUGUACGAGAACUGCCUGAAGAAAUUUUACAAAUAUCAGAACACUGAGGUCCUGCUGUACCUCGCAAGGGCACUCUUCAAAUGUGGGAAACUCCAGGAGUGCAAGCAGAUGCUGCUCAAGGCGCGUCACGUGGCACCCAGCGACACAGUGUUGAUGUUCAAUGUGGCGCUGGUGCUGCAGCGGCUGGCCACUCUGGUACUGAAGGAUGAAAAGAGCAAUUUGAAGGCUGUGCUCAGUGCUGUCAAAGAGCUUGAACUGGCUCACAGGUAUUUCAGCUACCUCAGCAAAGCUGGAGACAAGAUGAGGUUUGACCUCGCUCUCGCUGCAUCUGAAGCCAGGCAGUGCUCUGACCUGCUGAGUCAGGCUCAGUACCAUGUGGCACGUGCCAGAAAGCAGGAUGAGGAGGAGAAGGAGCUUCGGGCCAAACAAGAACAGGAGAGGGACUUGCUGCGCCAGCAGAUGUUAAAAGAACAGGAGGAGAAGCGAAGCAGAGAGGUUGAGGAACAGAAGAAGCUCCUGGAGCAGAGAGCGCUGUAUGUGGAGAAGACCAAGAACCUGCUGACCUUCGCAGAGGGAUCGAAAGAAAUGGCCAAGGAAAAGAAGAAGGGAGGAGGUGGCGGUGGAGGACGUCGUAAGAAAGGUGACAUGGAUGAGUUUGUCAAUGAUGACUCUGAUGAGGAUCUGCCAUUGAAGAAGAAGAAGAAGAGGAGAAAGGGUGGCAGUGGGAGCGAGCAGGAGGAGACUGAGGAUGGAGAGAAGAAGUCACGCAAGAAGAGGAGGAGACCUACUAAGGGAGGAGAGGACAGCGAUGAUGAGGAAGGAGGAUCACGACCCAAGAAGCAGCGUAGACCCAAAGAGCGCAAGAAGAUUGAAAAGGCCCAGCCUGAGCGUAUGCCACCUUCUCUCAAAGGAAAGAUCAAGUCUAAGGCUAUCAUCUCCUCUUCUGAGUCCUCUUCAGAUGAGGAUGGCCUGAAAAUAGCUGAAGACAGAAACCAAAGAGACAGUGGUUCAGGGUCUGACGAUGAGGGUGGCCACACGAAGCGCAUUGCAUCCGACAGUGACUCUGACACAGGUAGGAACCGCUCUGGCAGUGAGGCGGGCAGCCCUCAGCAGCGCUCUGCAGGCUCAGACGACGACUCUGGCAGCGACCAUCGAGUGAAGAAGAGAAGGGUACAGCGGCAGUCUGACUCGGAGCAGUCAGACAACGAGAGCAAGAGGAGUCGGUCAGGAUCGGAAGAUGAGUCCCGACCCGGCUCACCCGUGGCAGCAUCAGACCGGGGAUCUGAAGCGGGAUCAGACAACAACAACAACCGCUCCAACAACGCAUCAGAACAAGAGGGCUCCAACAAUGAGGAUGACAGCGAUUAAAUCUCCAGUUCUCCCAAACAGACUCUCUCAUUUAAUGUUGAGAAAACACUCGACACUUCUGCAUUUUAAUUUUGUAUUACAAGCAGGGAUUUUUGUCCGUAGCAUAGAAAAGUGUUUUUUUUUUUUUAGCACAGCGUUACGUUGUAUUAACAGAGAUGUCUUUUCACAAAUGCUGUGCUUUGUUAAAUUUGUUUUGUUAAAGACGAAUCAAAAGUUUUGAAUUGAACUAAAAUGUGUAAACAUCUAUUUUCUGUGUCAGAUGGAGAGAUGAGACACUGACCCUAAAAUGGGAAGAUGCUUCAACAAGAUGAAAAAAUAAAAAGAAUUGU